AUGAAUGUCGAUGCAUCAAAUCAACCGCUAUCACCAGCUCAGCCGAUGAUCAUAGAUCAACCAUUACAACAGGCAAAUCCAGGAAAAAAACGCAAAAAAUAUCAUGGUAUUAAAAAAUUACAACGUUUCAGUCGGAGACGACGUGAUCGCGGCAUUAGUGACGAAGCAAUAAAGAAAAUGAUUAAGUCAGGGAAAUUUGUGAAGAAAAAGAAAAAAUCAAAACAAUCGAAAAACGUUACUACUACAACGAAUGCUCCUCCAACAGAAGUUCCGGUCACAUCAGAACCGAAACCAAAAAAACAAGAAAUUCACAAUAAACAGGAAAAAUCUACUACAUUUGCAAAGAAACGUAAACGAGAUAUUUCUUCAUUUGAACUUCAUUAUCAUUUGGUUCCAUCGACAAAUGAACGAAUAUUUCUUCAUGUGCGCUUACAAUUAUUAGAUCGUCGAUAUCGUCUAAAACUUGAUCAAGGUUUAUGGCAAUCUUACUUAGAUAUUGGUCACGAAGAAAAAUUAUGGCCCCGUUCAUUAUAUGAAAUGGUCAAAACCAAUCAAGCAGAUCUAUGUGAAAAUUAUAUUAUGACACAAUUAGCUAUUACCGAUGAUCAAUUAGAGCAAUGCGAUAUGGAAUUGGAUAAACAAACGAAACCACCGAUAUCAACUCUAUUACCACCAUUAGAUAUUAUGGAUACAAGUUUAAAAAAUUAUGUCUCCUUACAACAAAACUAUUUAGUCGAACGUAUACAACAUAAAAUAAUGAAAUUUAAGGAUGAACUUCGUCAUGAAAAAUUGUAUCGAGAUUUGUUUUCUUACAAUCUCAGUACUGUUCAACGACAAAUGCUUGAACAGAUCAUUCAUGUACGAAUGACACAAUUGCAAGUUUACGAAGAAUUUAUGAUGCUUGAACAACGUAUUUUACAUCAGUUUCUACCACCGAAUUUUGAUCAAUUUGAAAAGAUUACAGCACCUGAUUUUUAUUGGCCACCAAUUACUGAUCAGACACUAGUCAAUAUACGAACAAAACAUCGUACAAUCUUAAAACGAGAAAAACGUAAUUUACUAAAUCUGUUUUAUGCUGCCUAUGAAUAUAAAGUCAAUGAAUAUCAAGUACAGUAUAAAGAAAAUUUAAAUCAAUUAGAAUUACAAAAAUUUUCUACUGAAAUUCAAAUCAAUGGCAUAUCUUUAAUCAACUAUUUCAAAGCUUAUAUGUUACAUCAUACUCAAACAGCUAUUGAUAAUAUAUUUCAUAAAUUAAGUCACUUUCGACAGAUCAUUGCUCAACGUUAUCAACAAUCAUCAGCUACCAAGACAAUGGUCGGCGUAUCACCUGAAGUGAUUGUUGAUGUUCUUUAUUGUCCUUAUAAACCCGAAGAAUUAUCUCACUUAUCCUUAGGUCCAAAUUAUGCUCGACCUAAUCCAAGUGCUCUUCGUAAGUUGAAACAUCGCGAAACACAAAUAGACCAUCAUCUGAAAGAUAUCACUACGAAAGUUAAAAAUCAAUUAACGAACUACUGUCGUAGAGAACCACCAGUCCCAAGAAUAAAACAUUAUUCUGAAUUAGUUGAAAAUUUACUUCAACAACAUUAUAUGGCUCCAUUAUCCUAUGUUGAUCGCAUGCGCGCUGAACGAGAAUUCAAAUUGGUUAAGUCUAUUCGACAUAAAGCACAACAUGCGAAACUUAUUAUACGUAUCUGCGAUAAAGGUGGUGGUUUUCAUAUUGGUAGCAAAAGUGAUUAUGAAAGAAAAGCAGCUAAAUAUCGUGAAGAUACAAAAGCCUAUCAAGAAUUAUCAUAUAAUCCAUUGAAGGAAAUAUUCACUAAUGUAAAAAAUGCACUUGACGUUCUCAAGAAUAAUAAGCAAUUAACACUCAAGGACUAUAAUCGUCUAAUGCCGAAAGGGGAUCAAGUCAAAUUAUCUUACAUGUAUUUUAAUCCAAAACCACAUAAGGAAGGAACACCAUUACGACCUAUUUUGAAUACUAUUAAAUCAGUAACCAGAUCUAUCUCUGAUUUCUUAAAUGAAUUGAUUCAACCUAUCUAUGAUCAAUAUAAUAAAGAGAAUACAAUUACUGAUGGUGUAAAUCUUAUCAAACGUGUCGAAAAAUAUGCUGCUGAUGGUUAUCUUAAACCGUCGACUCUUUUCUGUACUUUUGAUAUCAAUAACUUGUAUACCAUGUUGCCACAAGAUGAAUCCAUUCGAAUUCUAGGUGAAUUUCUUCAUACAUAUGUUGGUAAAAGAGUUAAAAAUAUCUCGGUUGA